AUGCAAUUGAAUGUUGAAAUGUCUAAUGAGGUUUUCGCUACAGUGCUCUUCCGGCAUUUGGUAUCUCUUUUGGGUUAUUCAGUUGAAGGUAAUGAGAGGAUUCUGGUUUAUGAGUAUAUGCCACAAGGGGCUCUGAGUAUGCAUAUGUUCCAUUGGAAGAGCUUGCAACUAGAGCCACUCUCUUGGAAGAGGAGGCUCAAUAUCGCCUUGGAUGUUGCUAGAAGAAUGGAGUAUCUUCAUAGCCUGGCACAUCAGAUCUUCAUUCACAGAGAUCUUAAAUCAUCAAAUAUUUUGCUUGGGUAUGACUUUAGAGCAAAAGUCUCCGAUUUUGGAUUGGUAAAACUUGCCCCUGAUGGCAAAAAAUCUGUAGUGACCAGGCUUGCUGGUACAUUUGGAUACUUGGCAGCAGAAUAUGCAGUGAUAGGAAAAGUUACCACCAAAGCAGAUGUUUUCAGUUUCGGCGUUGUUCUAAUGGAGCUGUUAAUUGGAUUAAUGGCACUUGAUGAAGAUAGACCUGAGGAAAGCCAGUACUUGGCAUCGUGGUUCUGGCAUGUAAAAUCAGACAAGGAGAAACUAAUGACUGCUGUUGACCCUGCCCUUGACAUAAAGGAAGAGAUGUUCGAUAUUGUCUCCAUCAUUGCCGAGUUAGCUGGGCACUGCACUGCCAGGGAACCAAACCAAAGGCCAGAUAUGAGUCAUGUUGUGAAUGUGAGUAGUGAGGGUGAGGGAGGAAGAACGAGAAUGGCCACUUCAGUGUCAGAUUUUUAUUGA